GAGCAAGGCAGCGCAUCAGUUAAUAUUGAAGACAUGCAUAGCUUAGAAAACGAAUUAAGAGAACUUAGUGUGUGUCCGCCGACACGAAGAAACAAUAGGUCGAACAGUGCAGAAACUUCUGAUGGAAAUACAGCUGCCACCACUUCCCCGUCGCAUUUGGAUCACUUCAUACGAGACCUGGAUGAACGAAAAGGCAAGCUAUCUUGUUGUCAAGAGGUCACUGAAAUUCAGACCAGUGUUGAAAGGUUUCUUAAAACUCUUCUUGAGAAAGUAGAGAAAGACCAUCCAUUCUACAAAACAACACUUAUUAAAAGUGGAAGCUUCUACGAAGGAACGAAAGUCGGAAAACCCGACGAGUUUAAGUUCGACUAUUUUGUUCAGUUGGAUAACUUCUCUCAACCCGAAGAUAUUCGUUUUGAGGAGUUAGCACAUAGUGUAGUUACAGUGAUUCCAAGCGAAUCAGCUUUCGAAAAGCUUUUAAAGGUGAAUCCUACCCUUUGUUCUUUUGAUUGGAGAGAAAAGAUAAAGAGGCCGUGGUUUGAAGCGUUCGAUCUACAAGUCCUUUCAGACACAACGCGUAGACAUGGCCCUGCUUAUACUUUACACCUCAAAUGGACUGGAGGGAAAAUAUACAAAGGAUUAAAUAUCGCUGUUGAUUUGGUUUUAGCAGUGAAGAUUAACUCUCAUUCUUCAACUAUGGAAGUAGAUCUUGAAUCUCAAGCCGGAAGCGUUGUGUCGUCUUUGUUACAUACUUUACCAUACUACUUUGCAAUAAACGGAUACAAGGAACGCACAUUUUCAGAACCAAACUUAUUCAAAGAGGCGCAAAAACGUAGAGAAGAAGGUUUAGGCUUACCAAUAUCAAUAACCUAUAAAUCUGAUUGCCUUUUACGUAUUUCUCAGUCUUGCCUCGAACAGUCACUGUUCCGUGAUCAUUUUGGUCCUGAUGGUGGACCAAGUGUCUGUCUCAGGGUGCUCAAGGUGUUGCGUGACAUGAUUCGCAAAUUUUAUCAGCAUGGCCAUCUGCAUGCUGGCCUGUUCCCUGGUACAUGCCAUCUAUGCCAACCCAUGGACACCUUUGAUAAAAGUAAAUCUGUUGACCAGAAUUUACGGGAAUUUAUUAACAAUGACAAGAAAAUUAAUUCUAAGGGGCAUCAGAAAGUUGUCUCUUUGUUUAGUGAUACAGAACCAGCCGAAUUUAUUUCAUCAUACACCCUCAAAACUCUUGUUUUGUUUGAAUGGAGUGAAAACCCAGAAGAUGAGCAGUGGACUGGGAGCAACCUCACUCAACGUAUUGUGAACUUCAGGGCGGAAAAACGUUCUGCGCAAGCUUCUGCGCAUCCUUUAUCGCAGGCUCAAGGCGGGCUUUACUGUGUGUUGACUGUGUUCGACAGUUUGUUUGUUUGUCACUGGGAGAUUUCUGACUGAGACUGAAUGAAAUGCGCAAGGUGUGAGCGUUUGCUCCUCGAAAAGCCUUUUUGCUUUUGUGUGGUUUUUGUUUUUCGUCACUUGAAAAUUACUUUGGACUCGGAACAACCAAUGUUAAAGGAAAAACGGAUCAUUCCGUCAGUCUGAGGUGGAAUAAAGAGUUUUGAACAUUUCUAAAGAGGGGAGUAUUUUUUUGAUUGUUCAUUCGAUUUAUUUGUGAGUUGAUUUCGCCUUCUUUCGCCGGGCUGAAUUAAAACCCACUCUUUUUUUAAAUUAGUAAAUACUUUUUCACAUGCCCAGAUUUAUUCCCUUUGUAGAACCAGCUUUAUCCUUCUCUUCAGUCAAAGAACCAUUUUGUGCGCCGUAAAACUUUCUCGGAAAUACCGGUAGAAGGCCAGUAAACUUACUCUAGAAGAAAAGAAUCAUUUUUCUGUUGCUCAAAUACUAUAAGUAGUCAGAGUUUUCUUCACUUUUAAUUGCAUAGUUUUGUUUUCCACUGCACUGUGAAAGUUUCUGUUCUUUAUAAGAAAUAACUUUCUGUACGCAAAUUUUCCAUUUCACUCGCUGUGAAGUAGAGGACAACUGCCGGCAGUCACUUCAAAACAAUUGACUCUGCCCGUAACACUGAAUUGCUGGAGCUGGAUUUGUCUGAAGCAAGCAAAACAAAUACCCUUAUGUGCAGUUUUCUGAAUUUUGUAACGAUUGGCUGAGUUUAAUUUGUUUGAAUGAAGACCCUCACAUGGACCAGUUAUUCACUGAGUUACCCGGUAUUAAAGCGAGGAGAUCUAGAAGAGCCACAUGGUGAAUCAUGGUUUAGCUGCGAAGCUCACUGCAACUGAUCUUUUGCUUUUAAGAUCUUUAGGUAGGUUGUUUUCGUACAAAAAAUUCAUUUCUUCAUUGUCAGCAAGAAGUUUUUGCAAUAAUGUAAUUUUAACUUUGUUUGAAGGAAAUCCUACUUUAACUUACGUGUAGGUUUUUGACAGAUGUUAUGUAUUUUCAACUUGACAACACAAAGCAUAAUAUUUAUCUGUUAGUACGCGAAACGAUCAAGUUUAAAAAUAAACUAUAGUUGCUUUAAAACCGAUUUUUGAGAAGAUUUUACUAGAUAAAGAUUGACCUUUUUUCUGCCCGCAUAUCAACGCAAUAACUUCUACAUUGAGGAUUUUGUUUAUAUUUUAGUUAUCUGCGAAACUACGAGUGUCCGAUCGAGCGAGGGUUUUAAAAUAUCAGCUCGAGUGCGACAAGUUUAGUGCCUUCAAACACAUUGUGGGCAAGCGUUAAUAUUUUUGGGCAAAUCACUGUCCAAAGAUAUGUUGUUUUUGUGUCCACAGUGGAGCUCCGGACCUUAUAUAUUCAGGAACUUCCUUAUAUGAACACAUUUUGUGAAUGCAUCUUGAAAAAAAUCGGACCUACGCAUGCACAUUUCCAGUACAACGCAAGGAAAUUGAUGUCGUUAAAGUCCGUUUUACUAUGAGGUAUCCUUCGAGAAAAUUAAGUAACGACAAGGUUAUAACCACAGCUUGCAACUUUUGAAGACAAAUUGCCUGUUCUUUCCAGGUUAUGAGUGGAAACAUCUUAUUUUUAGGCAAUAAAAUAUUUGAAAUCCCGCCAUUUUUUCAAACCCGGCCAGGGGAUCUGGGCAAAAAAGUUCACGCAUGCUCAUGACGUUUUUCCGCCCUGAAAUUGUGAACAUAUUUACUGUUCUUCUUGAUUUCUUAAAGCAAAAUGAAGGGAUAAGACGCUUUUGGUAUACAGACUACCAUGUUCUCUCCGUGACUUCGGAAUAUCGUGAUGUUCUCCUGUCUGAUGCCAUCAACAGGGUGGCCAGCAUUUUGAAAAGUUUAUCAUCCUUACGAAGUGCCAGCCAACAUUGUUUUGAGGGUUGUGUUCAAUCUCUUACAAGUUUACUGACGUUAGCUCGCCGUAAGACGACAUUGACAAGAUUCUUGCACAGUGCACUUCGCGACAUUUUUUGUGAUACGAUUAGAGAGAUUCUGAAGGAAUCCGUUUGUAACACGGAAAAGAAAGAAGGUCCUCCUAUUCCAACAGGUCUUGAAUGGAUGAUGAUGACAGUAGUACGUGUUGAUGUAGGUUCCAUUUUCUGUGGUAUCUACAUUCAAGCUCUUCUUGAAAAAUUAGCGCCAGGGGAGGAAUUUCAAUUUUUUAGCUCUUACUUCAAAAGAAAGAACUACACGACAUUUACUAGUAAUUCAGUCAUUGGUGAUAGACGUGAUAGGUUUACUCGGGAAGAAGCUGAGGAGAUUGUUAAGAAUGCAAGACAUAUUUUUGAGGAAAAUGGACUUAAAAGAAUGACUGACGAUCUUGACUUACCAGACUAUAGCCUCUGGUUACGGGACUUCAAAUAUGAUGAGGUAGCAAGCUUGCUAAAGUUGCUGCGCGAGAACUUUGAAAAAGACAUUGAACUCAUGAGGAAUAAAAUCAAAGCUUUAAAAGAAUCAAGAAAGACUGGCAAUGGCGAGUAA